GUCAAUAGUUUAUGUGCAUACUUUGAUUAAUUGUACUGCUUCUUGUUUGAGAUAUAAACUACACUUUUGACUUGAAAUUGGGCAUUUUAUGUUUAAUGACCUAAUACAGUUUCUUUUAUUCCUCAUAUAUUCAAUAGAUACAAAGUACCUGUAUGUGCUAGGUGUACUGGAUCAGUUGCUAGAGUACAAAAACAGUUUCAGCCCUCAAGGAGAUCAGGUCAUCAAGACACUGGUGGCUUACCUAAGACAAUGUGAUAUAAACCAAGUUUGCUGAGGGCACUAGGAAAAGCCUUUUGUUUUUCUUGUUUAGAGGGUAUGUGACUGGCAUCGUCAUUUUUAUUGCCAUGAAUACAGAAGUAAUGCUGGCAUCUACAGCAAGCAGCUUUGAAGCAACAAAUCAAUACACUUAAUGAGCUUAAAGAUAGGAAGAACCUUAGAGUUGGUGAUCCUCUUGAGCUUCUGUACUAAUCCUAGACGAAUCACCUCUGGACAUCUUGUGUGGGGGGGAAAGUAAUGCCCUAUUUGUUUAAGUCAUGCAUAAAUCAGAUUUUCAGUUAAUUGUAGACAAAUAUAUUAUUCUCUCUCUUGCCUUUUUUACUUUCUUUUAAUGGAACUUUAGCAUACACUAGAGUGGACAAUAUUCUAAUAAAUCCAUAUCACCCUGCUACAGUAGUAAUAUUUAGUCAACCUUGUAUGUUCUUGCAUUUGCUCUUAGUAAUUAGAACUAAAUUGAAGUAAUUUUUCUAAUAGAAAUGUGUGAAAAUUCUGUGGAGGGGAAAAGAGGGGAAAAAACCUGGCUUGAGAUGGAGGCUCAAGAAAGUGAUGUGGGGAGGGGACGUCAGCAGAGGGUUUGAGAUCAAAUCGAGAAUGGAAAGAAAGAGCAUUCCUAGCGGGAGCACUAACGUAUGUAAAAGGGCCUUUAAAAAGCAUGGCAUAUCCAAAGAAUGGGAGGAGGUUACUGUGGCUGGAUUAUAGAGUUUAUCAGGUAUGAGUGUCAGGGGAUGUGAGUCUAAUAAGAUGAUUUGGUGCCAAAUCAUGAAUGGACAUAGUAAUACCGUACCAAGAAAUUUGAAGCUGAUCACACAGAUACCAGGACGUGAGGAAUGUGAUUAGGUUUGGGUUUUAGAAAGAAAACUCUGACAGUAAUAUAGCCUGUGAUUUUGGAGUAUGAGAUAGAGAGGGAAGACAGUAAACUGUGCCAGUGGUCCAAGUAAUAGAAGAGCAUUUGGUGAUAGUGGGCCAUAGUGGGCUGGACCAGAGGGAAUAACAUGAAGACAUAUUUCAGGGGAAGAAUCAGCAUGAUUUGGUGCCAUGGUAGCAUUUGAUAGAGAAAGGAGACAGUGACAAAAUGACUUGAGUAGAUGUGAUAAUGCUAUUAUUGGAGAACUAAUAUAGCAGAAGACAUAUUUGGUGUAAGGGCAUAUGAUGAUUUUGGUCUUUUAAGUUUGAAGUACUGAUAAAUCAUUCAGGUAGAGGUAUGCAGUGUGCCAAGUGGAAAUAUAGAACUGGAUCAUAAGAGAAUCUGUAUCUGUGGUGCUUUUAUAGUCACUUGUAUGCAUGCGCAGAUCAUAAGAGAAUCUCACAAUAGAGUGUUCUACAAUUUGUAUUUCCUGCUGGAUAUGUCAUAUGUCACACACUCAAAAAUACGUAUAUGAAUGUAUGUAUCUAUGUAUAUAUAUAUAUAUGUAUACAUACUCUGUUGAUCCUCGCUGGCUUUGUAUGCAUAAAUUAUAUAUUGCUUUGUCAUUAGUUUGUUGAGUUUCAUUUUUAUUCAAUGAAACAUGUCCUGAGUGCUUGUGAUGAUGUGUGCACUUGGUGGGGCAGAGAAGCAUGCUUUGGUCAGUGUUUCCAGGGGAGAUGAUUCUGGACCUGAAUCUUGAAGAAUGAGUAAGAGUUUCCCUUGUGUAGAAAGCAGAUAGGGAUAUAUUGGCCAAGAGAACAGCAUGAGAAUACAUGGGAUUGGCAAAUAGUUUAGUAUGUUCGUGAUGUGAUGAGGUGGGAGAUAGGAAAUGAAGCUGAAGAUAUAGGCAUGAGCCAGGUUAUUAAGGACUUUGUGCCAUACUUGGACAUUUAUUCUGUGAGUGAUAAGUUGGUAUUGAAGGGUUUGACAUAUGAGGGUUUGAUGUAUGAUAUUGCUUGAUAUGGCAAGAUUUUUGUUUUAGACCAAUCAUUUUGGCAACAGUAUGUACAUAAAUUUGAAGUAGGUUAAGAGUAGAGAUGGGCAGAUGAGUUAGAUUACUGAUUUGGUCAUAUUGAGAGAUAAUCUGGAUUUGGAUACUGUUAAUAGGGAUGGAGUUGAGGAAAUAGAAAGUGUUUGGAGUCAUAAUCAAUAAGACUUGAAGAUUGGUGAAAUGUGACAUUACUGUAAAAAUUUUCACUUGAGUGGUUAAGUGGCUGUGGUGCUGCUAACUAUGACAAGAACUUUCAAAAAGGAACAGAUUUUAGGAGAAGAUAAACAGUUCAGUUUUGAAUAUACUGAACUUUUGUCUAUGGAAUCUUCCAUUUUAAACAUUCAGCAAAUAACUGGAUGUAGGAGUCUGAGGCUCAGGUGAAAGGUCCAGAGUGAGUGAAUUCAUUUAAGGGUCCUCGCAGUCCUGGUGGGAACACAGAGAAUGUGGGUAGAGUGUGAAGUGGAUAAAACACUGAACGCUAAGAGAAAAGGAAAAGAGGAACCAAAGAAGAAAACUGAGAAGGAAAAAGCUCUGUAUCUGCCUAAUUUCUCUUAAAAGGAGGACAAGUUUAUCCUUUUUAUAUGCUCAGUAACACCUUGAACAGUAUGACAUUAUAUAGCAUUAUGUAGCAUAAUAGAUAAUAAAUGUUUAACUUUGCCACCUAUUUUGUUCAGCUGGAAAAAUUUUAUUUACUUUGAGAUUUUGUUUUAUAUUUAAUCCUAUUCCAUUACUUGACAAGAAACAUUUUUUAAUUCCUAUCAUUUCAUGAGCACCUACUAUGUACUAGGGACUGUGUUGAAUACUUUAUUUACAUUGUCUCCUUUUAUCCUUAAAAUAAUCAUACAAGGAUAUGUUUUAUUAUUUCCAUUUUACAUUUGAAGAACCUGAGGAUAAGAAAGGUUAAGUGACUUGAUCAAUGUUUUCACACAUCUUUAUAAUUCUAAAAUUCAUUCGCUUUUGAUCUUGUAUAUGUUGAGACCAAAAAAUCACUUUAAAGUCUCCUAUUCUGGUUCCAUUGUGAGAAUUACUCUGACUCAGAGGCACUGAUUUAUACUAAAUUCUGCAUGGGCAGUCUCAUGAGGGUUAGCAUAGUGGUUGAACACCUCUCUGUUCAUGAGUGCAGGACCUUACUGUCCUUUUCAUCUCUCUGAGUCAGUAUUUCUUUAUUUUUUAAUUAACAGCUUACAUUAGAUGAUUCCUAAAUUGUUUAAGAUUUGAAAAUUCUAUAAAUUCAUUCAUUUUUAAAAACUUAAGAACAGGAGUUACCUGGAGUCUACCAACAGGUUUUAGAGAUCCACAGGGUGUGUAACUAGGUUUCAUGACUCAACUAAAAUUGCAAGAUAAAAUGUGCAAAUUAUGAUGCAUGUAUGUACAUUUUUAUGGAGAUGCAAUUCAUAGCUUUUUUCAGAUUCUCACAGUUUCCUGUAAUUUACCACUCACUCUCUACCUAAAAGGUUAAGAACUAUAAAAACCAGAAGUAUUUUUGUAUAAUGUGAUAAACUACAGUGCUUCAUGCAAUCUCUGAGUAAUUCAUCUUUAACAGAGGUAUUGCUGUUCUUUGAAAGUAAUUUUUGGAAUUAAGGAACAAAUUCAUUUAUAUUAGGGGAUAUGUUUAUUUGGGGGCUGUUAAACCUAUAGUUUUCUGUUGUAUUAACCAACUAAAACACCUCUUGUUAUUUUAUUGCUUAAAAACAAGUCCAUCAAAUAGUUUGAUCAAAGUAAAAGUUUGAUUCUGCCUUAUGAAGAAUUAAAGAAUGCUCAGUUUUAAGAGUGAUUCAAAUGCCCCUAACUAAUAUAUAUUCCCCACUUUGCAUCUUCCUGUAGGAAAAGAAUAUUUGAGGACCAUUUGUAAGGAAAGAAAAGGAAGUAACAACAUAAUGCCUACUGUUGGAACCAGUUAAACCAGUAAACAUCACCAUCUUCAAAAAAUAAGUUAAGGAAUGAGAGGCAACGAAGAAAGGAUAUUCAUCUUGGAAAGAUUCAUCUUAAAAGAACAUAAUGCUAACUGCUAAAACCACCUUUGUUCUGGAGUUCUUCAGAUUUAAAUGAUUGAUCAUACUUGGAAGAGCUCUUAUAACACAUAGAGGAGGUGAAAACUAAUGGACGAAAAUUUUGUCAUGCACUGAAAGAAUAGCAUUGUCUGUGAAGUUCUAUUUUUAAAAAUGUCUGCUUGUAACACCUUUACUGAACACGUUUGGAAACCUGGUGAAUGCAAGAAUUGCUUUCAACCUAAAAGCUUGCAUCAGCUCCCCCCAGACUCUGAGAAGGCUCCGAUCACCCAUGGCAAUGUGAAAACUAAUGCCAAUCACAGUAACAACUACCGCAUCAGGAACACCGGAAAUACCCGGCCUCCUGUGGCUAAAAAACCCACUAUAGCUGUGAAACCCACUAUGAUGGUGGCAGAUGGACAAAGUGUAUGUGGUGAGCUUAGCAUCCAAGAGCACUGUGAGAACAGACCUGUCAUCAUAGGGUGGAACCGAAACAGAACUGCUUUGAGUCAGAAACCACUCAACAAUAAUAAUGAAGAUGAUAUUGAAGUAUUUAGUCAUGUUCCUAAGCCUUAUGGCAAUAAUGAUAGUGCAAAGAAGAUAUCAAAUACCAAUAAUGGACUAACUGAAGUGUUAAAGGAGAUAGCAGGUUUGGAUAGCACCCCUCAGAUAAGAGGAAAUGAAACAAACUCCAGAGAAACAUUCUUAGGAAGAAUAAAUGAUUGCUAUAAACGAUCGCUGGAAAGAAAGCUUCCACCAAGUUGCAUGCUGGGUGGUAUGAAGGAUACUCAGGGCAAGCAUGUUAUUCUGAGUGGGAGCACAGAAGUGAUCAGUAACGAAGGGGGCCGGUUCUGUUACCCAGAGUUUUCCAGUGGCGAGGAGAGUGAGGAAGAUGUACUUUUCAGCAACAUGGAGGAGGAGCAUGAGAGCUGGGAUGAGAGCGAUGAGGAGCUAUUGGCUAUGGAGAUUCGCAUGAGAGGGCAACCUCGCUUUGCCAACUUUAGGGCAAACACUUUGUCUCCUGUUCGAUUCUUUGUGGAUAAAAAAUGGAAUACUGUCCCACUGCGAAAUAAGUCUCUGCAGAGAAUCUGUGCUGUAGACUAUGAUGACAGCUAUGAUGAAAUACUGAAUGGCUAUGAGGAAAAUUCUGUGGUCUCUUACGGACAAGGAAGCAUUCAGAGCAUGGUGUCAUCUGACUCCACAUCCCCAGACUCUUCUCUAACAGAAGAAUCACGUUCUGAGACAGCCAGUAGUUUAUCCCAGAAGAUUUGUAAUGGGGGAAUAUCUCCUAGCAACCCAGGUGAUUCUAAGGACACAAAGGAAAUUGAGCCCAAUUAUGAAAGUCUCUCUGAUAAUCAGGAGAAGGACUCAUCACAAGAUUUCAAAAGCUCAAUAAAAGUUCCAGAGACACACAAAGCAGUCCUUGCUCUCCGAUUAGAAGAGAAAGAUGGCAAGAUUGCUGUACAAACUGAGAAGCAAGAAAGUAAAACCUCUACAGAUAUUGCUGGGCAAGCAGUAACCAUAAACCUUGUCCCUGUGGAAGAACAAGCAAAGCCCUACCGAGUUGUGAAUCUGGAACAGCCGUUGUGUAAGCCAUAUACCGUUGUGGAUGUGUCAGCAGCCAUGGCCAGUGAGCGCCUUGAGGGCCCUGUUAACAGCCCCAAGACAAAAAGCUCAUCUUCUACUCCAAACUCUCCAGUGGCAUCACCUGCAUUGACAUCAGGACAAGUAAGUGCCCAUUUCCAAAAAUCCAGUGCAAUCCGAUACCAGGAAGUAUGGACUUCCAGCACCAGUCCACGACAAAAGAUACCUAAAGUGGAAUUAAUUACUGGUAGAACUGGACCAAAUGUCCCUCCAAGGAAAACCUGUCACAAAUCAGCUCCUACUUCACCCACAGCUACAAACAUUUCCUCCAAAACCAUCCCCGUUAAGUCACCUAAUUUGUCUGAAAUAAAAUUUAAUAGUUACAACAAUGCUGGUAUGCCACCUUUUCCAAUUAUCAUUCAUGAUGAGCCAACUUAUGCUCGAAGUUCCAAAAAUGCUAUCAAAGUUCCCAUUGUUAUUAAUCCAAAUGCAUAUGACAAUCUAGCCAUCUACAAAAGUUUUCUGGGAACAAGUGGAGAACUCUCAGUGAAGGAAAAAACCACAAGCGUAAUAAGCCAUACUUAUGAAGAAAUAGAAACUGAAAGCAAAGUGUCUGAUAACACCACUAACAAACCCACCGAAUGUCCUCAACCUAAAGGGGUUUCAAACAGCACAGAGCGUAAAAGGGGCUCCGUGGCUCAGAAGGUUCAGGAGUUUAACAACUGUCUCAACAGAGGUCAGUCUUCACCACAGAGAAGCUAUAGUUCCAGCCACAACUCCCCAGCAAACAUACAGAGAACCACUGAGGAGCCUAUGGCCAAAACAGAGGGUGUUCAGGAGUCUCAGAUGGUGGGCAGUGGCGGCGGCAGCAGCAACAGGGAGAAAGCAAGUGCGGUGCUUUCUCAGAUUGUGGCUUCCAUCCAGCCCCCACAGUCUCCUCCAGAAGCACCUCAGUCUGGCCCUGACGUCUGCAGUGUGGAGGAGCUCUAUGCCAUUCCUCCAGAUGCCGGUGCUGCUAAAGCGGCACUGAAGAGUGCACCAGCCCGGCCCAAGUCUCUCUUUACAGCUCAGUCUAGUGGUGAAGCUGAAGCCCCUCAGACCGUAGAAAGUCCUACCACCAAAGAACAGAAAGAUCCACUCACAAAGCCAGUCACCUCCCCUCCCUCCAAGCUAGUGACUAACCUCCAAAGUGAGCCACCACCUCCUUUUCCCCCACCACGCUCUACUUCCUCUCCUUACCAUGCAAGUAACCUUUUGCAGAGGCAUUUCACCAACUGGACCAAGCCAACCAGCCCUGCCAGAUCAACAGAAGCCGAAUCAGUUUUGCAUUCUGAAGGGAGCAGGCGGGCAGCCGACGCAAAGCCUAAGCGCUGGAUAUCAUUUAAAAGCUUCUUCCGCCGUCGGAAAACAGAUGAAGAGGAUGACAAAGAAAAAGAGCGAGAGAAAGGGAAACUGGUGGGCUUGGAUGGCACAGUCAUCCACAUGCUGCCUCCUCCUCCAGUGCAGCGACAGCACUGGUUCACAGAGACAAAAGGAGAGCCCAGUGAGAAGCCAGCCAUUGUCUUCUUGUACAGGUGUGACCCCGCCCAAGGCCAGCUGAGCGUGGAUCAGAGCAAGGCUGGGGCAGACCAGACAGCAGUCACGGAGAAGGGUAGGACAGAGGGUGCAUUACUGCAGGACUCAGAGGAGAAGAAGAAAAGGAAUCAUUCUUCUCCAUCACAGAUUCCUAAAAAAAUUCUCAGUCACAUGACCCAUGAAGUGACAGAGGAUUUUUCUCCUCGGGAUCCAAAAAGUGUUGUGAAGCAAGAUGGCGGGGGCUGCCCUUCCGCCACACCAGCAUUGCCCCUACCUGAGCUGAAAAGGGAAGAGGAAAAAGACGACAUUUCAGAUCCUCUGGACCUAAACCCCUGUAGUGCAACAUACAGCAAUUUAGGGCAAUCUAGAGCAGCCAUGAUACCUCCCAAGCAUCCACGGCAGCCCAAGGGAGCUUUGGAUGAUACCAUUGCCUUUGGGGGAAAAACAGACCAAGAAGCACCUAAUGCUUCCCAACCUACUCCACCCCCACUGCCAAAGAAGAUGAUCAUAAGAGCCAAUACAGAGCCGAUCUCCAAAGACCUCCAAAAAUCCAUGGAAAGUAGUCUGUGUGUCCUGGCUAAUCCCACCUAUGAUAUCGACCCCAACUGGGAUGCCAGCAGUGCUGGCUCUUCCAUCAGCUAUGAACUCAAGGGACUGGACAUUGAGUCUUAUGAUUCCUUGGAGAGACCUUUGCACAAGGAGAGACCUGUCCCCUCAGCAGCAAAUAGCAUCUCCAGUUUAACCACUCUCAGUAUUAAGGACAGAUUUUCCAACAGCAUGGAGUCCCUGUCCAGCCGGCGUGGUCCCUCGUGCAGGCCAGGCCGAGGCAUUCCAAAGCCAAAAAGACAAGCACUUUAUCGAGGACUUGAGAAUCGGGAGGAAGUGGUGGGGAAAAUCCGAAGCCUUCAUACAGAUGCCUUGAAGAAAUUGGCUGUUAAAUGCGAAGACCUCUUCAUGGCUGGGCAGAAGGACCAACUCCGUUUUGGGGUGGACAGCUGGUCAGACUUCAGGCUAACCAGCGACAAACCAUGUUGUGAGGCAGGUGAUGCAGUUUACUAUACUGCUUCAUAUGCAAAAGAUCCACUUAAUAACUAUGCAGUCAAGAUCUGUAGGAGCAAAGCUAAAGAAUCUCAGCAGUAUUAUCACAGCUUGGCUGUCCGGCAGAGUCUGGCUGUCCAUUUCAACAUCCAGCAGGACUGUGGUCACUUCCUUGCUGAAGUCCCCAACCGUCUGCUUCCCUGGGAGGAUCCCAAUGCCCCUGGGAAGGAAGAGGAUGAAAUGGAAGAGAGUGAAGAAGAAACAAAAGGAGAAACUGAUGGGGAAAACUUGGAGUGCUCUUCCGAAGCAGAGUUAUCCCUGAAAGAGAGCCAGGGAGUCUCGAGCAAGAAGCAGAGAAGCCACGUCGUGGUCAUCACCAGAGAGGUUCCCUGUCUCACUGUGGCGGAUUUUGUGCGAGACUCUCUGGCCCAGCAUGGGAAAAGCCCUGAUUUAUAUGAAAGGCAAGUCUGUCUGCUGCUCUUACAGCUGUGCUCCGGCCUCGAACACCUCAAACCCUACCACGUCACUCACUGUGACCUGCGCCUGGAGAACCUGUUGCUUGUCCACUACCAGCCCGGGGGAACCACCCAAGGUCUUGGGCCUGCAGAGCCCAGCCCCACCUCAUCUUGCCCCACAAGGCUUAUAGUGAGCAACUUCUCUCAGGCCAAGCAGAAGAGCCAUCUGGUGGACCCCGAGAUCCUCCGGGACCAGUCCCGCCUCGCCCCAGAAAUCAUAACCGCUACCCAGUAUAAGAAGUGUGAUGAGUUCCAGACAGGCAUCCUCAUCUAUGAGAUGCUGCAUCUGCCCAACCCUUUCGAUGAGAACCCAGAGCUGAAGGAGAAGGAAUACACGCGAGCAGACCUGCCUCGCAUCCCGCUCCGCUCCCCCUACUCCCGCGGCCUGCAGCAGCUGGCCAGCUGCCUCCUGAAUCCCAACCCUUCCGAGAGGAUCCUCAUUUCAGACGCCAGAGGCAUCCUCCAGUGUCUGCUCUGGGGGCCCCGGGAAGAUCUUUUCCAGACUCUCACCGCCUCUCCCAGCCUAGUGCAGAGGAAUAGCCUGCUCCAAAACUGGCUAGACAUCAAGCGAGCACUGCUGAUGAUCAAGUUUGCUGAGAAGUCCCUGGACAGGGAGGGUGGGGUCAGCCUGGAGGACUGGCUUUGUGCUCAGUAUUUGGCUUUUGCCACCACAGACUCCCUCAGCUGUGUUGUGAAAAUCCUGCAACAUCGUUAAUGUGUCCUGCAUGCUGCUUUACUACAUUUUCACCUUCGUGUCACCCACGUACUUCCCCUUCCUAAAACUCACACAGAAUUCAAGGAAAGAAGAGAGAGAAAUCUUCCAUCCCUGUCCAUGAGCAAGUGGGUCCAUUCAGAAAGGUUAUUCAGAGCUCCAAAUUGAGUGAGAAGUUGAGUCUGUCUUAACUUUACAGAAAUUCAACUGCACAAACAUGCAGUUGCCCUCUCCUGAAACACCUUCCAUCCUAAUAGUCCCUAAAUACAGGUAAAAAAAAAUGAGAAUGCACAUCCUUGAAGAGACAGCUCCUUUGCUAUGAACUCAGUGAACCAGUGACCUUUGUCCAGUCCCUCCAUAAUUCUGAAUAGCUCCUGUCUUUUUAGCACCAAGUAUUUAUUCUCACUAGCAACAGACAGACUGAACCAGCUUCUAUCAGCAUCCAGUCAGCUCUCGCGACAGACUCUUCCUUCCUUUGAGGCAUCAGUCACUGGCCUUACCAGGCAGAGCUGCCGUCCUUAGCGUCAGCCCGGUUUUGAUUGCCGGGGCCUAUAUCCUUUCUUCAGCAGUUAGUAGAAAGAAAAGGAGAGUUCCUAGCCCUUGGGUCGUAGACUAUCUUCAUUUCUGUUAUCUAUAAGUGUGUGCACUGCAUGGAAGACAGCCCUGAUAGUCUCCCCUCUGCUGCCACUGCCUGUUUCAUUUUCACCUCUACUCUGUCCUCACUUGCCAAGAAAGUUUGGAUUGACAGCCACCUGUGGCCUAUUACAGAGCUGACCCGAGGCAGUGUCACCAAUGCCUCAGCAGGGUGAAGCGCAGUUCAGAGCUCAUAAAUAGCUGGCAGGACAUGAGGAGAUGAUUUCCUUGCAUGUGCAAUUCUCUAGGGGCCAUCAGGGAACAGACUUUAAAGUACUAGUCUUUGAUUAUUGUCAAAACUGUCAGCAUUGGCAGCCAGGGCUGGCGGUGCCCAGGUCACAGUGUCCCCACCAGUAACUGGCCAGCUCCCUGACGCCGGCAGCCAGUGUUAGCUGGUCUACCAAGUGCUGUGAGCAGCAGCCCUGAGUGAAAUGGCUUCAGUUGAGCUCUAAGAGCGCCUCGGGGGGCACAGCAGAGCGGGUGUUGGGGUGGCCGUAAGGCGAGAGGGGACGAAGGCCGCUGGAGAGGCUGCUGCCCCCCAGAACUUUGCCCUCUUCUAGAGAGACGGCCUCCAGCAUGGGCGGCGCCUUGCUCUCCCUCAGGCGGCUCUGGGCAGGGCUCCUGCGGAUUCCGAUGGCUGAGGCAGUGGAUGAGAGCUGUUCCCGGGCGUGGGGCCUGUGCCCCUCUCCUAUGGAUACAUGUGCAAUUUUUGUGUGUAUUUUUUAGCUGUAUAUUACAGUGUUUAUGUUACAACUUCACCCGAAGCGAGAUCUACAGAAACCCUCCCCUUCUUCCUUGGCACAUAUUUGCGCUAAGAGACAAGCGCUCCUUCCACAGGCGUGUGUGCACGCACCUGUUUGCGUGCUCAUGCUUAUUUUAUUCAAAACUGUGAGUAUCUGUUUACUUCAUCCUUGAAAUCCCAAGAGUCACUCGAACAGUGUCCGUGUGUGUGCACAUGCGUGCUGGGAGGCCAGGCCUCCGAGGGAGCGGCCUGCGGUGGGGUUGGCAGACACGCUCUCUGCGCCUGGUCGGGAGGGAGCCUGGGCCCUUCCCCCGCCAGCACCGAGUCUCCACAAAGCCAGGACUGGUUGUGCAGUAUUACUUAGAUAGCACAUUAGUGGCCUUGGAAAAUGUUAAACUUUUAACAUUUUUACCAGCCUUUCAUGUGAUUCACCUAUAUCAAAGAGGAUCAAGAAAGGAGAAGAAUGUACUUUAUUCUGCUCUUAUUUUUUUCUUUUAAGAGAAUGGGAUAUGUGAGGCUCCACAUGUAGGAUGUCCUUACCCCCGUGGCCAGCAGCGUAGGACUUCCAGGAAAGAGGGCUGCUUGGCCCAUGGAGAGUCUUGCCUCCCCCCGCCAGAGGGCAGGGCUCUGCCCUUAGGAAUAGCCAUGGAGUGGCCACUGCUGCUGCUGGCCAGCAGUCUACUCUCCAUGUCCUGUGGCACGGCUGCACCUCGCCUGGCAAGUUGGUUUUGCUUCAUGUUAGCAAAGCCCAUGUGCACAUAACUCCUUGCCUGAUUUCGCACUGUAGUGGCAGCACACAGACCACUGACCGUGUCGGCCAGCACAUUCCCUUAAACUGCCCCACCCCAGCCCCUGCAAACGGUUUGCAUAUUGAGACAUACCUUCUCAAUGUCACUCUCGUGGUGCCUUGCCCCAUGUAAAUUUGAAUGUUGACUAUUUAAUGAGGUUACGUACUUGAUACAGAAUGUUCCCCAGUUUCUCUAUUUGUUAUGUCUCUAUGUCUCUAUCUUCUUUCCUUUAUUUUUCUGUGAUUUGGAUCCACUCUUCCUUUAACACAUUAACUACCGUGUGAGUUGUAUUU